GUAUUCAAUUGACCGUCACACUGACCUUGAGAGAUAUUUUACUAUUAAUGCAGAAGAUGGCAAUAUCAAGACAAUAAAAGCUUUGGAUAGGGAAGAAAUUGCUUGGCAUAAUAUAUCUGUCUUUGCAGUUGAAGUCCACAAACAACACCAGGAAGCCAAAGUUCCAGUUGCAAUUAAGGUCAUUGAUGUCAAUGACAAUGCUCCAAAAUUUGCAGCAGCCUAUGAAGCGUUUGUCUGUGAGAAUGCUCGAAGCAAUCAGCAAUUUAUUACAAUUAGUGCUGAUGACAAGGAUGACUCAGCCAAUGGCCCAAGAUUUAUCUUCAGUUUACCACCUGAAAUUACUCAUAAUCCAAAUUUUACCCUCAGAGACAACAGAGAUAACACAGCAAGUGUUCUUGUUAGGCGUGAAGGAUUUAGUCGCCAAAAGCAAGAUUUAUACCUUCUUCCUAUUGUAAUAAGUGAUGGUGGACUCCCCGCUAUGAGCAGCACCAACACCCUCACCAUUCGGGUCUGCGGCUGUGACAGCCAUGGCUCCUUGCUCUCCUGUAAUGCCGAAGCCUACAUCCUUAAUGCUGGAUUAAGCACUGGAGCUUUAGUUGCCAUUCUUACUUGCAUUGUAAUUUUGUUAGUCAUUGUAGUGUUGUUUGUAACACUGAAAAGGCAGAAAAAAGAACCUCUGAUUGUUUUUGAAGAAGAAGAUGUCCGAGAGAACAUUAUUACUUAUGAUGAUGAAGGUGGAGGAGAGGAAGAUACUGAAGCUUUUGACAUAGCUACUUUGCAGAACCCUGAUGGUAUCAAUGGAUUUAUUCCUCGUAAAGAUAUAAAACCUGAAUAUCAGUAUAUGCCAAGACCAGGGCUUCGGCCGGCUCCUAAUAGCGUUGAUGUUGAUGAUUUCAUCAACACAAGAAUACAAGAGGCUGAUAACGACCCAACUGCUCCUCCUUAUGACUCUAUUCAGAUCUAUGGCUAUGAAGGAAGAGGCUCAGUGGCUGGUUCACUUAGCUCAUUAGAGUCAGCAACAACAGAUUCUGAUUUGGACUAUGACUAUCUACAAAACUGGGGACCUCGAUUUAAGAAACUUGCAGACUUAUAUGGCUCCAAAGACACUUUUGAUGAUGAUUCUUAACAAUAAAGUUUAAGAUUUGGCCUUAAGGACUGUGUCCAAUGUUCUGAAGAAUCCAGAAGAAAUGUAAGCAGGUAUUUUUUUAAAAAUCAAGAAAAAUCUCAUUUAAACAUUUACUUUUGACAGAGAGGAUUCUGUUGAUUAAAAAGGACAUAAAAGUGGUAAAUACUGUGAAGUACAUUUUCCUACAAAAGGCAAAUACAGAAGUUGGCUGCCAACUUAACUAAAGGAAAAAACCCACUUAAGAAAUAUGAUAUAUUUAGAUGAAGGAAAAUGCUAAAAGCAAAGCUACAAAUAAGGGAAAUCUUAUGUGUAUUAUGAACAUCUAAAUCUUUUAUGUCAAGAAGCUUCCACACAUUAGAAAACAGUUCUGAGCUGUAAUUUCGCCUUAAACUAUGGACACUCUAUAUGGUAGUGCAUUUUUAAACUUGAAAUAUAUAAUAUUCAGCCAGCUUAAACCCAUAUGAUGUAUGUACAGUACAAUGUACAAUUAUUAUGUCUCUUAAGCAUCAAACUCGUUACUGCUGAUUCUUGUAAAUCUUUUUGCUUAUACUUUCAUCUUUAACUAAUACGUGCCAGAUAUAAAAUCUCUGUCUUGUUGCAGUGGAAGGCGCCCUAUUUCUAUGUCAUUUUUAAUGUAUCUAUUUGUACAAUUUUAAAAUUCUUAUUUUAGUAUACAUACAAAUAUCAGUAUUCUGACAUGUAAGAAAUGUUACAGCAUCACACUUAUAUUUUAUGAACAUUGUACUGUUGCUUUAAUAUGUGCUUCAAUAUAAGAAGCAGACUUUGAAAUAAACUGAUUCUUUUUUAAUUCUUGUUCUGGUUAUUAAGCAUAUAAGGAAAAACAUAGUGUUUCUAAUGUCCCAUUUAUAGUUCUGACUAAUUUACUACAAUUGUGACCUUUUAGUAGCCUUAUUUAUUAGGUGUUUGUAGUUGGUUUGUUGCCUUGUUAAGUGAUUAUUUAAAAAUCAAAUACAUUUUUAAAAUGUUUUUUAGAUUUAAAAAAAUGUAGAUUUUAGAUUUAAAAAAAUGUAAUGUCUGUUGAACAUAUCCUCUCUAGCUACAGCUUGUGGCUGCUCCCAGAACACAGUAAUAAUCUUCAUAUAGUACUACUGUGCUUUCUGGAUUAAAUUAGGUGUAAUACUUAUUAAUAUUUCCCAUGUAAUAUGCAUUUAUCUUAUAUCUUAUAAAUUUCAGAGGUUUCAGAAAUGACUUUGUAAGUAGACAGGAGUAGUCUGUCCUUACAGUUUACUCUAAAGGUGUGGAUUUCCGUAUCUGUUCUAAGCUUCUGAGGAUUCUAGAGUCUUAUAUCUGAUGCAGUUUAGCUAUAAAUUCCCUAAAGACUGUUUUACCUGACAAUCACCUUACUUGAGUA